UUACCGUCUUCAAUCCAAUCUCUCGACUUCACCUUCAACCCAAGCCCCGCGAGCGUAGAAGUUAUCUAGGUAACUGAUCAUCUUUAUGAUCGGAAUUCAAUUGAUUGUGCGUUCCUCCCUCCAUCUUCUUCUAGUUGAUACGAAAGAGUUGUUCCUAUUUUUAGCGCAAUAACUACUAAAUCAAUCAUUAAGGGAUCAAUCAUUUUUUUCCCCACACAAGUCCAAUAAAAUCAUGUGCGGGGGAAGAUGACGGCUAGUGUCAAAUCAAGUCUAGUGUUCAUCAUCAUCGCCUUCUUCUUCUUCUUCUGGGGCUAUUGCAGAGGGGAAUCUUCCACGUGUUUGACGGUUUAUAAACAAGGAGGAGCGCCCGCAGUCUUUCAAUCCCCCAAAUGUCCUCGUUGGAAUUGGCCUUCUUCUUCUUCUUCUUCUCGUUCCCGCACUGGAGAGUCUGCUCGUUGCCACACGGCUGCCCUUCAAGGUCGCCGCAAUUACCAAGAGGACCGUCUUCUUUGUGCUCUUGAUCUUCGCAUUCCCUUUCCCGGAAAGAGCGGAACCAAGGAUGUUUUGGUUGGGAUUGCAGCUGUCUUUGACGGCCAUAAUGGUGCAGAAGCCAGUGACAUGUCUUCCAGACUUUUAUUGGAUUAUUUUGCCUUGCAUCUCAACUUCCUCUUGGACGCUACUUUUUCUUCUCUCACCACCACCACCAGGAAGCUCAUUGGAAGGUUACCAAGUAAUGGAGAUCACCCUGUUAUUCCCCCCCUUCGCGAUGAAAUCAUGCAGUUUAGAGACUCGUUGCCUUUAAAUUUCGAUGAUUCUCUUCACUUGGAUAUAAUUAAGGAAGCAUUGCUGAGAGCCAUCCAUGACAUUGACGCCACUUUCACAAAGGAAGCAUCUAACCGAAAGUUGAAUUCUGGUUCUACGGCUACUGUUGCACUUUUCGCUGAUGGUCAACUAAUGGUUGCCAGUAUCGGUGACUCUAAGGCACUCUUGUGCUCUCAAAAAUUUGAGACUCCCGAAGAAGCUAGAGCUACUUUAGUGAAGCUGUACAGGGAGCAAAGGCGCAAUCCAGACUCUUCUUCCCCAUCAAGGUUCUCUGACUUCAAACUGGAACAUCGCAAUGGGCGACUGCGUUUGAUUGCCAAAGAAUUAACAAAAGAUCAUCAUCCAAGUAGAGAGGAUGAAAAAAGUCGUGUUGAAGCUGCAGGAGGUUACGUCACUGAGUGGGCCGGUGUUUCACGAGUAAACGGUCAACUAGCUGUCUCUCGUGCUAUUGGUGACCUUACUUUUAAAAGUUACGGUGUCAUCUCUGCACCUGAGGUGUUGGACUGGCAGCCGCUACUGGCUAAUGACAGCUACUUGGUAGUGUCAUCUGAUGGCAUCUUUGAAAAGUUGAAGGUGCAAGAUGUAUGUGAUCGUCUGGGGGAAGUAAACAAUCAAACCAGCUAUGGGGCAGGACUGCCUUCUUACUGCUCUGUUUCUUUGGCAGACUGUUUGGUCAAUACUGCCUUUGCCAAGGGAAGCAUGGAUAAUAUGGCUGCUGUUGUUGUUCCUCUAAAAUCUAAUCUAGUUUCUCAGCACCAACGGAAGGAGCAGAGUAUGGUUGACAACAAAUAUAAGAUUAAUUCAGCACUGCCGAGUAACACAUGUGCACUGCCAUUACCUGAUGAUAUAAAUUCGGGUCCAUUGCAAUUGAAGCAGGUUCAACCACAUGCAACCAUGUUCAACAGGUUACUGGUUGAAGUUAAAAACGGAAGUUUUUACUGCUUUUAUAUGUCAGAGCACCUUAUUGGUACGUCUCUGGGACAAAUGGACAAUUUUAAUGGUUCCAUGAGUGACUUGCCUCAGGUUCUACCUGCAUCUGUCGAGCCAUUCUCUGGCUGGUGUUUGCCUUCUGCGACGGCUAUUAACGAGCAUCAAGACCAGUGUAUCAAUCCUGAUAGCUUUGCUACUUUCCUUGGGUUACUUGAAUCUGUACCCUUCCAUGGUUUCGGUGCUAAUAACGGGACAGAGGAGAUUUCAUUUCCGGACUCGAGCUAUGUCCUGAAGAAAAAAUUUGGGCGUGGUGCAUUUGGUGAAGUAUGGUUGGCAUUUCACUGGAAUUGCUAUCAAGGAAGUAACGCUACUAGUUGGAUCCAGGAAGAUGAGAAUACAUCAAAAAGUGGUGGUCAUACCAACGGAUACGCUGAUAACAGUACAUCUACAGAUCAUCAUGAUGCUAAUGGUCCUGAUAACUCCUUCAUUUUGAAGCGUAUAAUGGUAGAGAGGGGACCAACUGUGUAUUUAAGUGGUCUAAGGGAGAAACAUUUUGGUGAAUUGUUUCUAAAUGCAUACAGUAUAAGUGGGAGUUCUUCUUCAGCGCAAACGUCAAGUUCUCAAUCAGCGUCAUCAGAAUUGAAUCUCUCUGAAGAGGGUUUGAAACAUAUUGCGAGAUACAUAGAGUAUUUUGAAUCUCGAUAUAAUGACAUAUGGCUUGUGUUUCAUCACGAGGGUGUGUCUUUAUCAAAGCUGAUGUACACUGUGGAAGAAGCAGAGAAUAUUCCUACUGGUGAAAAGGCUAAAGAGGCAAGUCAUGGGCAGAUACUUCGUCCGUCAAACUGGUGGACCUGGUUGAAGACAACAGAAUCAGGAAAAGAAGAAAUGCGCAGAAUAAUAUGGCAAUUGUUGCUGGGUUUAAAGGCCUGCCAUGAUCGCAAUAUUACUCACAGAGAUAUAAAACCAGAGAAUAUGGUGAUAUGCCUUGAAGACCUCAAGUCAGGCAGAUGCUUAAAGGGUGCACCAAAAGGAGAUUAUAACUUCAAAACCAAAAUGCGCAUCAUUGACUUUGGCAGUGCACUUGAUGAAUUCACAAUGAAACAUUAUUAUGGUUCAGCAGGUCCUUCAAGAGCGGAACAAACUCAUGAUUAUGCACCGCCCGAGGCCAUUAUGAACAGCAGCUGGCACCGUGGGCCGACCAGUUUGACAUUGAAAUACGAUAUGUGGAGUGUUGGGGUUGUGAUGUUAGAAAUGAUUUUAGGAUCACCAAACGUUUUUGAUAUUAGUUCUGUUACACGGGCCCUUCUGGAUCAACAUAUCAGAGGUUGGAGUGAAAACUUUAAAGAGCUUGCAUACAAGCUUCGAUCCUUUAUGGAAAUGUGCAUCCUAAUCCCAGGUAGCUCUUUAAAACAUGGUGGAGGCAGCUCAAAGCAGGGUGGUGGGAUUUCGCUUGCGUCAUGGAAAUGCUCUGAAGAAUUUUUUGGAGAACAGAUAAAGAGUAGAGACCCUCUUAAAAUUGGGUUUCCUAAUGUUUGGGCUUUAAGGUUGGUGCGGAGUCUAUUACAGUGGUACCCUGAGGACAGAGUGAGUGUUGAUGAAGCUCUGCAGCACCCUUAUUUCCAGCCUCCCCCGAGCUCGUAAUUGUAGAGAAAAAGAAGGAUACGUUUCCUCUUGCUGUAAGCUUUAACUCCUUGCUGCAGUUAUAAAUUGGCAAAAAAAUACAAGUGGUGGUUUGGUAUAUGAUUGGGGAACAUCCUUGUCUUGAAGAAAUUUAGAAGCGUGUAGAGAAGACUUGAGCUGUAUAUUAACGUAUCUCACAAGUCAAGUCAAGCCAAGCCCUAAAUUGUGAAUGAAUAAUAAGUCCAAAAGGAAGCGGGCAGGCAUCAGAAGGUGGUGGAUAAAAAUAGAAAAAAAAAAACAUUAUGUAUACAAGUACACUCUCGAGUCUUACCUGUAAAUUCCUGAAAAUAUUGUUGUCUUUACAAAUUAUAACCUCUGUUGGAAAAGGAAACUCAUUAGGAUUUCAAUAUAUAGCUAAUGCACUAACAUUCAGUCACUUUCAUUGUAUCUUUCCAAGGUGAUUUAUUGUAUUCAUCCGGUCAGAAAGGCCAGAAACGUGCCU